AUUGAUUGCUUUAAACUACUUGGCGUACAGAAGCACAACACUAUUAUAUAGCUACUUGUGGUGCAGGACACUAUUACAUGGCUGCUGCAUCACUGUAUCUGUCAUUACAUUUACACCAUUUCUUUUGAAAAUUAAGAAUUGGGUUUUCAUGGGAAGGUGUUUUGACUACAUGGGUUCACUGAGGAUUUGCGGUGGAGCGGAAGAAUCGACGGCGACAAGAUUUGUUUGAUCAGAACAGUAAAGAUAUUCCAGUUCUAAAGCUCAAUUGAGGUUCUAAUUCAAUCGUUUUAGAUAAUCCCACUUCUCUGUAAGCCCAUUGGAAUAGGGUUUACAGAUUGAUUAUUUCCGUUCUUUAGAUUUUUGUAUGGAGAAGCCACAAUCAUCAUGGACGGUCUUCCGCGUGAGCUAGCACUUGACAUACUAUCAAAACUUCCUAUAGCAUCGAUCCUGCAAGCCAAGCUUGUAUGCCGAUCAUGGAGAAAUUUGGUACGACACCCACUUCUUCUUCGUAUGCAUUUCUCUUGUACGGCAGAAGACAACACCGUUGUCGUCCUUCACUCCGACCAUCCUGUCCGGAAUCAACUUCUUACAGUAGAAUUCUCUGCCGAUAAUGAGAACACUGAGAUUGUAAAGAGAAUUGAUUUACCCAUGAUGCCCGAAUUUGAUGUGGUAGGUUCCAUUAAUGGGUUUUUGUGCUUUUGUGAUUCGUUCUACAAGAAUUCACUCUAUCUUUACAAUCCUCGUGCCAAUUCCCACAAAGAGCUACCGGGAUCUGAACGGUUUCCAAAUCAAGAUGUGGUACUAGGGUUUGGUUUCCACCCAAAGACAGAGGAGUUCAAGGUUGUUAAGAUAGUCUACUAUAGCAGAUUUCAUCAUGGCAUCUUCGCUCGCCAUAGAUUAUCCAGACAGCAAUCAGAAGUUCAAAUUUUGACUUUGGGUUGUAAUAAGUCCUGGAGAAGUUUAGGGCAGUUGCCUUAUAAUCUCAUUCAGCCUCCAUGUCAGGUCUUGUUUAAGGAAAGGCUACAUUGGGUCACUCGGCCUCACCGAGACAGCCAUGGUAUGAGGAUCAUAUCCUUUGACCUAGCAGAGGAGCAGUUCCAAAUUGUACCGACACCAGAAUGUGGUAGCCUGGAUCGAUGUGGUUUCACCUUGGUGGUUCUUGGGGAUUAUCUUUCUGCGGCUGUUUGGUGCUUAGAUGGGAAAUUGGAGAUUUGGGUGAUGAAGGAAUAUGAUGUGAAGGAGUCAUGGAUGAAGGAUUUCAACAUUGAUGCAACUUAUGUGCCAAGAGGAUUUGAACAAGAUGUGGAUAUAUCUUUCACACUAAAAAAGUUAUAUACGAAUAGUCCACUUGUUAGGGUUUUAUGUCUGUUGAUGAAUGGAGAGAUCUUGCUGGCAUAUAAAUGCAGGGCUCUUGUUUCUUAUGAUCCAAUACGUGGAACUUUCAAGGAUCUUCCUCAUCAAGGCUUGCCAAAUUGGUUUCAGACAGUUCUCGUAGGUCGUCUGGACUGGAAUGACACUCAUUGACUGGUGAAACAAGUUGCAAAUGCAAAUUGGGUGCUACUGCUACUUCAUUCCUGUGAGUUUGUCGCUCGUUGAAUUUUCUGUUUGUAUGAACUUUAUAUGUUACUUAAUGGCUCUAUAUCAGCUGCAGUAAACACAGAAUUUGUGUAUAAUUGUGAAUUUGCUGCUCAAUAGACACUUCAUUGUAGCAAAUUUGAACCUGUAAGGCCUUGUGUUAAGUUUUGUGAUUUGAUAAUUUGAUAGAGUCUGAAUUCAUCUUCAAUUUCUGUAUUCUAUUCGCCUUCCUCUGAUCUUGAUCUCCUCCAGAAUUGAUUAGAGGAAAAGUUCCGAAACAUUUGGAUUUCCUUAUCUCAUAAAAUUUGCGUUGUAGAUUAAAUUUUUUUAUGAAGUUAAAGAGACAUUAGGAAAUACAAUGCUAAGCCUGUCCCCUGUUUCUUGCAUGAAUAAUCUCAGUUCUUUUCUUCAAAUUGUGUGGUGCUUCGCGGGUUCUGACCUAGUCCUAAUGUUUUUGAAGGCUCUCUUUCUAAAAGACAUCUGCAUCUGCAUCUUAAUCAUUGAUUCUCAAAGGUAUCCCAGCAUUAGAAUUGUUAUAUUGCAGGGGACAUUGGUGUAUCUAGUGUAUUUUACCAUGCCUUAAUCUUUUGUUUUCGACUUAAUCCUCCGAGCAAGAACACUAUCAUAUACACCAUUUGAGGCACCUCUCUCCUAAUACAUUUUCUAAAAGAUGCUGGGCAAUGGGAUCUCCCAGAAACCUCAAGUGGGGUGGCUUCCUGAAAAUGCACAGCACAAUGACAGGCUAAUAAGCUUUAAGUUACAUAGAAAUAGAUACCUACCUUACCUGAUGUUGCUUCAUAUGCACACUAAGCUCCAAAUACAUGUGUGGUCAAUAGAAAAGCUCCAGAUACAUGUGUGGUCAAUAGAAAGUACUCGGCUACACAAGAAGUUUGGCAUGUAUCUCUGAUAUAUCAUAUACCUUACUUUACUGAAUCGCUUUCAAGUUUCUGUGCUUUGAAAGCAUGGUGAGCCUAAGUCACCUUUUUAUUGUCAUUUGUUUUAUACAAAAUGGACAGUGUAUUCAAA